AUGUUGAGCAAAGGGAGUAAACAGGGUGAAAGAACUUCUGCCAACAAGGACGGCCCUCUCCUCAAACGGACUCGAGAGGUCACAUUCCCGUACUAUGCUGCCUUCAACAGUUUGCUGGCAAAAAUGGAGCUCAUCAAAAGAGUUUACGUCAGUCAAGCUAGAGGAAAUCUUGACCUGGAAAUGACCAAGGAGGAAUUUUUAUUGGCAACUCAGAGCUAUGCUCAGAUCACUCCUUACGAAGUCGAGAAUCUAUUCCAUCUAUGCGGAGCUGCCCACUCCCGGAAAUUGAAGACAUUUCACUGGAAAGAUAUCAUCCUUAUUGGGAUCCGAGCCGUCUGA